AUACACAUGUCAUCUCAAGCUGGGUAAGCAGCUCGUUUCAUUGUUCUCCAAAGUGGUCCUUAAUGAUGCUCGUUCGAUAGUUCAACGAGCAAUAAGCCUGCCAGCAAGGGUGCCUCCCCGCGCAAAGGCAAGGGGAAGCAAGAACCCGUCGCUUCAGAGGACGCGCCCAUGGAUGUAGAACAAAAGGAUGUCGAUGAUGAUGACGAGGACGAAGAGGUAUGCAACACGAAUACCCGCUCGCGGUCGCUUCUAAGCCCCCUUUGUCAUUAGGACAGCGACGAAGAAAUGGAAGGAGAGGAAGAGCUGGAUGAAGACGAAGAAGAGGACAUGGACGCGAUUGAUCCGAGUGAGAUCAGGGCCCGACGCACACGUGGCAUCAAGGUCGACUAUACAUCUCCUGAGGCCCUCGCCAAGGCUGGACUCCGACCAACUGAUCUCGAACAGGACACGGACGACGAGUAGAUGAAAGAACAAUUAUUGUUGAACUUUUGAAGCUUCAGAAUGGGACUCUGCUUUGUACUUGAACCCUCCCUCUAGACUCGUCACCAACACAGCUUUCUGCACGGGUGACAAUACCCACUUCCCCCGUGUCCUUGGAAGCUGUAUUUCAGGCACUGCAACGGGAACUGUGUUAUUUGUAUGUACAGGACGGGACCCCAAAUUCGAGUAACUAUGUAGAUGGUGCCAAGGUCUUUCUGAUCCGAGGGUGCUUGGGAUACUAAGGAUAAGGCAAAACGGGCUGCGGCCGAGUAUGACGCCGCCAGAGAUGAGGUGCUCUGACGAAUCCAAGGCAAAAAUAGCACGACUUAGUAUACGCUCGUCUCCCUUCUCAUAAUAAAUUGUUACGAUGGGUCAACCUGUUUACAUUCACACCCCUAUAACAGCUGAU